AUUUAUUAGUACGUGAUAUUUAAUAUUGUUCAUAAAUCGUCGAUAUUGUGUUAUUCGAUUGAAUAAUUUGUUUAUCAUCGAAUUAACAUUUAGCUGAUUUAUCAUAUUAUAAACAGAACAAGAUUGAGCAACCGGUUCGGUCGGAAAAGAAUCGGACAUGUUCGGCAAUCUUCGUACAUAUAAGAGUGGAACUGCUAACCAGUAUCCUCUUCAUUUCUGUUAACUUUUUGAAAGAAUAAGGACGUUAACUCUUCGUCGAAGGAAACGACAUGAUGCUUACAAAUGUGAAGGAACUCCCGUUCAUUAAACUGGGAGAUUUUACUUUAGAAUUUGAAUUAGGACCACUAAGUCCCGAAAUGCAAGAAGUCGCUAAAAAGGAACUUAGAGAGACACCAGAACUUCAGAAGGAAUCCAUGGAACGAUUGAGAGAAUUAUUGAAAGCUGAAACUGAUUUAAAGUGUCCUUUGGAAAAUGACGCCUGGUUAAUUAGAUUCCUUAGGCCUUGUAAAUAUUAUCCUGAAUCUGCUGCUGAAUUAGUGAAAAAUUAUUACAAAUUUAAAAUAAAACACAGUUCUAUAUACGACGAUUUAAAACCCAGCAAAGAAACGAAUAUUUUUCAACAAAACAUAUUGACAGUAUUACCAACUCGAGAUCAACACAACAGACGAAUAUUAAUCAUCCAACUUGGAAAGAAAUGGAAACACAAUCAGUGCAGUCUCGACGAGAUCUAUAAGGGUUGUGUACUAUAUUUAGAAGCGGCCAUGUUAGAACCAACAACACAAGUUGCCGGUGCAAUUGUUAUUUUCGAUAUGGACGGUCUUUCACUUCCACAGACGUGGCAAUUUACUCCACCAUUUGCAAAAAGAUUAGUCGAUUUACUCCAAGACGCUGUACCAUUGAGAAUUAAAAAUUUGCAUAUUAUUAAUCAACCAUAUAUUUUCAAUAUGGUAUUUGCACUCUUUAAGCCUUUCCUCAGAGAAAAAUUAAAAAGCAGAAUAAUCUUUCAUGGCAGUGAUCGUAAAUCUCUACAUCAAUAUGUAACACCAAAAUGUUUACCUGAAUGUUAUGGUGGCACUCUACAGAUUCCUGUAGUUAAGGGAAGUGAAUGGUUACAACUUUUAUUGAUGUGUGACAAAGAGUUCGAAGCUAUAAAUUCAUAUGGAUAUAAGAAGUAGCGUUAUUAAUAAAAUUUCAAAGAAAAACAAAAAACAAAAAUAUGUAUUAAAUUUUUAAAAAUCGUUGUUAAAGAUACCUUGCCACCAACAAUGGCAAUUAUAAAAAAAAAAAAAAAA